GAACAUCUGUCACAUCAUCAAAUUCCUCUUCAUCCUACACAGCUCAUCUUCAAACCACAUCAUCCUUAGCUCAUGAAUCAUCCCAAUAUAUGCCGACUUCAGCCGAUACGGUUUCUCUACAACCUACAACACUGACCCAGGCAGCCCCCCAGGAUUCCUCCACUGGCAAUACCAUUACAUCAUCCACAGGUGCAGCAUCAUCUGCAGUGACAACUGUGCCAUAUCAAUCCAUGACUCAGCUGACAUCGACAGUCACAUUUUCAAAUUCCCAAUCUACAACUGUUUCUGCACACACAAAUGAUUCUCCAAUGGACUCAACCACACAAAUAUCUACCACGCAAACAAAAACUACCAAAACCCCAUCACAACUAACAACAUCACUAGAUGCUAAGGUACCUACAUCCACAAAGCAACCAACAACAGUAACAUCACCAUCUGCUGUAUCACAUGUCACUCCAGCUUCAGCAUCUACAACUGUGUCAACCGCACCCCAGGUUACCUCUCUUACACAAGAACAACCUACUUCAAUACUAACCCAGGCAGCCCCCCAGGAUUCCUCCACUGGCAAUACCAUUACAUUAUCCACAGGCGCAGCAUCAUCUGCAAUGAGAACUGUGCCAUAUCAAUCCAUGACUCAGCUGACAUCGACAGUCACAUUUCCAAUAUCCCAGUCUACAAGAACACACACAAAUGAUUCUCCAGUGGAGUCAAACACACACAUAUAUACCACCCAAACAAAAACUACCAAAACCCCAUCACAACAAACAACAUCACUAGAUGCUACUCUAAUGACCGGCUCUUCUGAAGUCACAAUCACAAACCUACCAGUAUCCUCUUCAAUAAUCUCUCAAACAACACCUGGCUCAUUAGUUAAUUCACCAAGUACAUCUGUGCCUACAUCCACAAAGCAACCAACAACAGUAACAUCACCAUCUGCUGUAUCACAUGUCACGCCAGUUUCAGCAUCUACAACUGUGUCAACCGUACCCCAGGUUACCUCUCUUACACAAGGACAACCUACUUCAAUAGCAACCCAGGCAGCCCCCCAGGAUUCCUCCACUGGAAAUACCAUUACAUCAUCCACAGGCGCAGCAUCAUCUGCAAUGACAUCUGUGCCAAAUCAAUCUAUGACUCAACUGACAUCGACUGACACAUUUUCAACAUCAGAUCUAACUAAAGCACAAUCAUCAGGUACAGCUCAAACAUCUACACAAGUAUCUUAUACUAAUAUUUUCGACAGCAGUGCAUCUACACAACAUGUAUCUACAACUAGUUCAACCAUACCAGACUCUGCUUCAAGUGUAAUAACAACAUCUGACCAAAAGUCAUCAGAGUCGACCACAACACAAACAAUUUUCACCACCACGGCCACUUCUACAGAAUUUACGACUGCAACUACACCGUCAGCAACUAGACCAACCGUGUCUGCAGCAGUAGUUACUGAUGGGAGUUCAACUUCUCAAACCCAGCCAGGAGCUACAAAUGCAUCACCUGCCUCGAUGGUGGCCACUUCUGUUGGGCCAGGAACUACAUCAGUGUCCAUAGCAGGAGCUUUCAGUAGCACCACACAGCACCCAGAACAGCCAGAGUCUGCAGCUUCACCUUCAGGUGGCAGUUCUGUCACCAGUUCACUUCCACUAACAGGGAACUCUUCUUCACAGUCAGCAACUACAACCACUUCUUCACCACCAACAGCCACAGCAACCGCCAGCCCUUUGUUUUCACAUUCAACAUCUCCCACUGAAGGGUCACAUGUGUUUACAACAAAGCCCACAGAAUCCCUGACGACCAGUAGCAUGUUAGCAUACACAUCCCAUCCUAAUGAGGUCCCAUCAACAGCAGGCACAGACUCAGCAGCAACAUUCCCAUCCACAAAUUCAGUUUCAGUCAACAGCACAACACCAAAAUCAAGUAAUAUAUCUCUGUCAACAGCAAGACCUAAUAGUUCUCUCAACAGCAGUAACAUACAACACAACUCACACCUUAGCUGA